GUGCAUUGGCACCGGCAAUUUUUGGGCCGGUGACGUCGCUGAUAAACAGGCUCUUCGGCAAACCCCAGAUUUUGCGGCCACUUUCGGCUGAGAUUGCCUCUGACGCCUGCCUUAAUUAUCCACGCUCCACGACGCCGCCAAUUCUAACUGCUUACCUUAGCGAAGCAAGGACUAGACCCGCCUUCUUUCAAGCCGCCAGCGACUCUCAGAUCGAUGCGCGCAACAUGGCAGCCCACAGCCCCAAGAUGGCCACGGGGCCAACGCUGCUCGGCAUGCCUCUGAAGCAGGCGUCUCUACUCACAUUAAUGUUACAGAACUCCGUGCUGAUCUUGAUCAUGCACUACUCGCGAAUAAUGAGGCCGCCCGGCGACCACCGCUACUUCGCCUCGACCGCCGUCCUCCUAAACGAGAUCAUCAAGCUUGCGAUAUCCCUAACGCUGUCGAUGCACGAGGUCUCGAGGAGUCUGGCGCCGCAAACACCCGUGGCUGUGCUGUUCGAACAAAUAUACAACUCGGUCUUCUCCGGGGAUAGCUGGAAGCUGGCGAUCCCAGCGGUGUUGUACACACUGGAGAAUAACCUGCAGUAUGUUGCGUUGAGCAACUUGGAUGCUGUCCAGUUCCAAGUGCUCUACCAGCUGAAGAUCCUAACGACAGCGGCCUUCAUGAUCCUGCUUCUUGGCCGCACGCUUGGUGCCAGGCGCUGGCUCGCCCUUAUCAUCCUCACCGUCGGCGUCUCGGUCGUCUCCCUGCCCUCAUCGGGCUCGAAAGAGCGCACCCUGGAUAUCCACGAUUUCAGCGACCACUUCUUCCCCCGAUCCGUACACGAGUUGGGGCAGAUGGCUGGUGACGUGGCAGAGGCGGCUGGGGAGGCCACGAAGCGGGGUCUGGACGGUCUGGUGAACGAGCUGACUCGGCGGUCUGCAACAUACGAGGGGAUUGCAGACGACUUGGACGGGAGCCCCAAGAUGAACUACUCCGUCGGGCUCACCGCGGUCUUGGUCGCUGCGGUUGUGUCUGGUUUGACAGGCGUGUACUUCGAGAAGCUGCUCAAGGACUCGAGCUCGCCUGUCUCAGUCUGGACAAGGAACAUUCAGCUGUCCUUCUACUCGCUUUUUCCCGCACUUAUUGUCGGCGUGAUCAUCAACGACGGGGAGGAGAUUGCCAAGCACGGCUUCUUCGACGGCUACAACGGCAUUGUCUGGACAGCCAUCGUGUUCCAGGCCAUUGGUGGCCUCCUGUCCUCGCUGUGCAUCAACUACGCCGACAACAUCGCCAAGAACUUUGCCACCAGCAUCAGCAUCGUCAUCAGCUUCCUGUUCAGCGUCGUCUUCUUCGACUUCCAGGUUUCUCUCUCGUUCGUGCUCGGCACCGCGCUCGUCCUGGCCGCGACGUACCUGUACAGCCUGCCCGAGCGGAAGCGCGCCCGCCCGCCGCCGAUCAACAUUGUCAGCUACGAGAAGACCACCGUCGAGGGGACGCCGCGCUACAUCGACCAGGACCGGCUGAUGGUCAACAACCCGCUGGACGCCGCGCGCGGUGCCGGCCUGUCCACCUCCCGGCCCUCGUCGCCGCUGAUGUUCCACGAGCGGGUUCCGUCGACUAGGGGGCAGAAGAACCACGAUUGAAGGGCAUCUCGCGCGUUUCGAAGGCGAUGGACUCUUCAACAUCGUGGCAUGGCAUGGUGUGGGUAAUAUGCAACGGGCCAGGGGGUCCCUUGGCCGCGGACGGUCCG